AUGAAGGUGGCGAGUGUUGGGAAAGUGGUCGAAUUCCUGGUGCACGAGGUGUUUUACAAAUUUGGCGUACCUGAGGUAAUUCACUCCGGCAAUGGGAAACAGUUCGUGUCAAAAAUAUUUCAAGACAUGAUCACGCAUUCGGCAUUCACCACAUGCGUACCGCUGUAUAUUCACCAAAGAGCAACGCAGCCGAGACGGGACCUAUACUUACCAGAAAUUGAAGUGUCGAUCCGUGAUUCCGUGCAUGAGGCCACGGGUGUAACACCGUUCUUUGCAGUAUUUGGACAACAGAUGUUUCUAAAUGGAAACUGCUACAAACUGACAAGAAAACUGCAGUCUUUGACAGAACAUCAAAUAACGACGCUGUAUACAGUAGAUAAGCGCCAACUUAUCCGCGAUCACAUUCGGAAGAAUCUUCAUCAGGCAUAUAAACGCAGCAGUCAGCGCUAUAUCAAACGGGCUCGAGUUUUCCAUGCCAAGCCUGGCCAAGAAAUCUACAGACGCAAUUUCACUCAGAGCAAAUUUGGAAAGAUGUACAAUGCCAAGUUGGCUCGAAAAUAUGUGAAAUGCCGAGUCGUACGCCCUAUAGGGAACAAUGCCUACGAAUUGGAGGAUCUGGGGGGAAGCCUGUUUUCCACGCAAAAGACCUAA